AGAGAGAGAGAGAGAGAGGGAGAGGGAGAUUGUCUGUAUUCCUAAAGGGGUGCGAAUGUUGGAAGCUGAGGAAGCAAAACCAAAAACUCAUGGCUCCAAAUGGCGGCACCGCUUAAACCCCACCCUUCCCCUCUCCCUCUUAUCAUCAUCACCCGCAGCACCACCACCAUCUUCUUUUGAGAGAGAGAGAGAGAGAGAGAGAGAGAGAGAGAAGAAGCUCUAGACAUUCAGUGUCGUCGAAGCCUUGUUCCUGAUUUCUUGUGCUGAGGGUGGGGCGAAAUUGAAGUAGCUUCAGCUCCAAGACUUUCCCACUCUCUUCUCUCCCUCGUUCUUCUUCUGGGCGGUGUUCUUCUUUGUGGAUGGGAAAGGCGACUUUUUGCUGAGACCCGGAGAAGGGAAAAAAAGAGGAGAAACCAAUCAUGGGUACGAGAAACGGCAGCAACAGUGGGAUGAUGAUGGUUCCUGCUUCGGAGGAGGAGUGCGAUGUCGGGCUGGGUCUGAGGAUGCAGCAACCCAGGAAGGAUGACGACUUUUCUCGUGAAAAAACGACCCCGAUGAUGAUGAUGUCCAUGCCCGUGCCUCCUCAUCAUCACCACCAUCACCAUCCUUAUCACCAGCAACACAUGCUGUCGCCAUCAUCCUCUGGUAGAGGAGCUGCUGCUGGAGAGUAUUAUGGCGGGGUUGGCGGGUCCAUCUUCUCAGGCGCAAGGAACCACCACUUAGCGUGUGUGGAUGAAGAAGCAGCGGCAGCCACACUGCUUGCGUCUGGCUCUGCCUCUGAUUCAUCUUCUUCUGCUGCUCCUGCUCCUGUCUUUAACUCCUCAGGAAAAAUGGCAGCAUCUGCAAAUGCGAGAGUGCCAUUUACAGCAGCACAGUGGCAAGAGAUGGAGAGACAGACCAUGAUACUCAAGCACAUGAUGACCUCUGCGCCUGUGCCUCCUGAACUCCUCUUGCCCAUAACCAAAUCACCCCCCACUGUUCUUCCUUACCAGUCCAACAGGGGCUCUGAUCCAGAGCCGUGGAGGUGCAGAAGAACAGAUGGAAAGAAAUGGAGGUGCUCGAGAGAUGUGGCUCCUCAUCAGAAGUACUGUGAGCGUCACUCCCACAAGAACCGUCCCCGUUCAAGAAAGCCUGUGGAAUUACAAGCUGAUUACACGAACACCACCAACAACAUCAAGAAAAGCAAUGUUACCACCACAAACUCUCAAUCCCUCAAUUCGUGCCAAAAUCCUCAAUUCCUCAACCUGGCACCAAACCCGCCUUCACUUUUCCCCACCACGGUGGCCUCAGCCUAUGACCAACCCAGGGGCUUGGAGUGGUUCAUGAAGGGCGAGACCAUCUCCAACCAGGAAGACUAUCACCACCAGCAACAACCUAUGCAUGCCAACUGCAACAGAAUCGACCCAUUUCAUUUAAAGCAGCCUCAUAUGCCCCUGGGCUCAUACUCUGAUUAUGGAAGUACCCAUGAACUGCAUGAGACCAGGCAUUUCAUCGAUGCAUGGUCAACCCCACACAGAGAUGACAGCUCAAACAGGGCACCCUCUGUUUCUGCAGGCAAGAAGAUGCCCAUUUCGUCCCUCAGUUUGACGAUGUGCGGGAUUGGAGAAGAAGACAGCAAGAAUACGGACAUGGGUGUGGGGUUAAUGGGUCGAGAGCACGAAAAGUCGGGGGAUCUGAGGCCACCGCACUGGAUGAUAAGCCCCGGCGAGUCAUGGAUGGGUUCAACAACGCCGGGUGGGCCGUUGGCCGAGGCACUUUGUCUGGGGACUGCAAAUGCAAGUUCCGCGACAAUGGCGGUGGCAUGCGAGGCGUCUCCUAAUUGUUGCAUUGGUGUCACCUCCACUAGCAGUAGGAGCCCCAGUAAAGAUGAAGGGCAUGAGCUUAAUCUCAUAAGCUGAAUGAUAGUUUCAUCCUUUUCGCCAAUGAAAGUCAGGUAGAAUUGGAUGGUUUUUCUUUUUUCUUGAGUUGAUGAUACAAUUGAACAGUAAGUGCAACAAAAAAGAAAUCUUGUUUUCGAUUCGUUUAUAUGGUCUGAUCCAAUUUGUUUGAUGUGUUUUUAUCUUAAAAGGGAAGUACUCUUUCUGCCAGUUGCUUUGUAAUUGUUCCUGUCUUACUGAUUUUCAUUUUGUCCA